GGGCAUCGGGUUCAAAAGAUUUUUUCCUCACAGACCCCCCCCCCACUCUGUUCUCCGCGAGAAAGAAAACAAAAGUCGGGCAAAGCAACGGAUAAGAUAUCAUACCGUGUCGUACUUCACUCACUUACUCAUCCAAUUCCAUAAUCCACCAAUUUCUCCGCCAGUCGGUUUAACCGUCCCCCACUCGACCAAUUCCUACUUCACUCACUCACAAGUAACUCAACUCAACUCAACUCAACCCCUUACCGACCUGCCGAUAGAUUCCUGAAACACCAUGACCGCUUCAACAACUCAGCUCGUCAAACGUAAACCAGAGUCUGAAGGUCUUUUGAACGAAAAAUGGGACCAUUGCCUUGCAAACCUCCUCGUAAAGUCCACCCUCGGCGCUGGCUUCGGCAUCAUAUUUUCUGUCCUGCUGUUCAGGCGUCGUGCAUGGCCGGCGUGGGUCGGUGUCGGCUUCGGUGCUGGUAGGGGUUAUGCUGAGUGUGAUCGGGAGUUUAAAGGUGCGGCAGGGGGCGUGUCGAGGGCUGUUGGGGAGAGGCUGAAGAGGGAUUGAUGGGGAGGGGGGUUUUUUUUUUGUGCAAAAGCUUCGGUAAUAGACUUUGGGAGGGGGGUGGGAAUUGAUUGUUGGUUGUUGGUGGGGGGAGGGGGGGGCCGUUCACCGCUCUUUCUCCUUACUCUUGCAUAAUUGAUUUGGUUUGAUAUUUA